UGGCCCGACUCAUUUCUCAUCGCAGAAGGAGACGAAGCUCCUAGCAAGAAAACCCGUUUUGAUGUAGCCGUUUACCAAUAACUAGGAACAAAAACACUAAUGUUCAUGCAUUUUGCUCGAUUCCCCCUCUGUUAAUUAAGCCAAAAUGGGCAAGAGAGACAAUCGAGUGGCCUAUGUAAAUCCAAUUGCUGCUGCAAGAUCCAGGGGGCCGGUACAGAACUCAGGACCCACCAUACAGGAUUAUUUAGGCAGACCUCGGCCAACAUGGGAAGAGAUAAAGGAGCAGCUGGAGAAGAAGAAAAAAGGCUCACGAGCCUUGGCUGACUUUGAGGACAAAAUGAAUGAGAGAUGGAAGAAAGAGUUGGCAAAGAACCGAGAAAGGCUUUUAGGCGCAAGUGACAAGGACAAAGAAAAAGACAAAAAGGCAGGAGAGCGAGAACGAGAGGAGAAGAAAGAUAAGAAGGAGAAAAGGGAGAAGAAGAAGAAAUCCAGUAGGCAUUCUUCAUCUUCUUCCUCCUCCUCAUCGAGUUCUGAUUCCUCCAGCAGCUCCUCCUCAGAAUCUGAAGACGAGCCCGAAAAGAAGACCGUGAAGAAAAAGCGGAAAAGAAAGAGGUCGUCGGCCAGAAGAGCAUCAGAUGACUCGGAUGCAGACUCAGAUGCCGAAAGAAAGAAGAAAAAGAAAAGACUCAAGGAAGAAGGCGAUAACAAUAAGGAUGACAAAAGCCAUCGAAGGAAAAUAAAAAGUGAGCCAAAGUCAUCUGCCGAGUCGGAUGGAGAUGAAAUGGCUGACACCAAGAAGAAGAAGAGAAAUAGUGAGGAAAAAGAGAAAAUCACAGACAAAUCGAAGAAAAAGCGGAAAAAGAAGCACAAGAAGCACAGCGGGAAAAAGAAGAGGAAGUUUGCAUCUCCGUCGGACUCUGAGCUGGACUAGCUCUGACACGACUGUUUCAUACAUACUCCUGCAAUUUUAGCUUUUUAAAUGUUUUUUUUUUGUUUUGUUUUUUGGACCACCAGAAACAUCCUGCUCAGAUUGCGACAGUUGCGGUGCUGUGCUGAGGUUGUGAAGCCUUGUUGAAUCAGGUGCAUCUUCUUUUUUUGAGGUGCUAUUAGAUUUCUUGACAGCACUUGCCACCGCCCAUUUUACUGAACUUUCAUUCUGAGGAAUUAUCUGCUUCCUCUUUCGCAUGUCGAGCUCAACGCUUGAUUUCACGCCAGCCUCAUAUUGAAGUUGGACCUGUACGAUUAAAAAAAAAAAAAGCGUCUCCGUUCGUUGCUGCGCAAUUGUGCACGUGUAUGAAUUGGGAGUUCAUGAAUAAAGUCACCUUUUAUCCGUCA